AUGGCGCUUACAAGCGGCAGCUGCAAGGACCUGAUCCUGUCCAUUCUUAAAGAAAUGAGAGAACAAAGUUUUAAAGAAUUUAAAGAGUAUUUAAACGAUGAAGAAAUUCUUACGCCGUACAAACCAAUUCCCUAUUCGCAGCUGGAGGGCAAAGACCGCCUGGAUGUCUCGGGUCUCCUGAUCCAGCACUACACAAAGGAAGAAGCCCCGAAUGUCACCCUUAAACUGCUGGAAGUCAUCAAGGAAGUCAACCUGGCAAAAAGACUCAAAUCCAUGCUCUGCCCCCCAGGGGUUCAACGAGAAGCUCAAGCUAUGAUGGAAGUAGAGAGCUUACAGUGAAAGCCCCUCAUCCACCUCCAGUGACUGGACCUUCUGGUGCUAUGGAAAUCCAAUGGAAGAAUCUAUCAUCUACGUCCUCAACAAUCUCCUCUCCAUCUUCACUCUCAUCAUUUUCUUACCGGUCACCAACGAUCA